CUGCCAGCGUGAACACGUGCCAAUCCGCGCGGAUCCCCGCAGAUUUUCCGAUUCCGAGACUUCCGAGGAGGGAAAAUUUCCACACGCCGAAAUCCGUUGAAGUUGAGUUGCCGUUAGGAUAUUAGGGGUAACAGAGAAAAAGAGAGCAAAGGAGGAACUGGUGUUUGGUGUUUGGAUAGCCACCCAAGUGGUUAAAGACGCACCAAGAAAUCGAAACGAGUUGCAGUGAAAAAUAAUUAGCCAAAGUGAGUGAAAUUUUCCCAAGGUGCGUUAUCGCCGCCCAUAGCUCGAGGCUUAAGUGGUUUCGGAAGACGGCAGGGAAAUUUUCUAUCGUGGUGGAUUUUCCUUCGAGUACGACAUCGAGUUCAAAACGUAACGGAUCUCGGUGUUGGAUUCGCUGGUCGUUUGCCACUUCAGCUGACAGAGGGGAGGGAUCGAAUUCAGCUGUCAUCGCCAUAGCGCGCGCGGUCUACGGGUGUUUGACGCUAAUAGGAUUCGGGAUUAACGCCUGUUGAGAGCCGUAUAGGUGAGCGGUCGUGAUAGUUUGGGACAGGCCAGCGGGAACAGAUUGCUUGCUGGAAAAUAAAUCCAAUGGUAACCAAUAAAUAAGGUGUACCUGGGGUGGGGAUGGUGUUGGAGCGCAUGUGGUGGAAAUAGUGGUACUGGUGAUGGUGGGAGGACUAUUAUUCAUUUUCACCCCGAAUGGAAGUGAAUUAGUCAGUGUGGGGGUGUGAAGGGAAAGGUGACACAGUGGAUAUCGCUUUCGAGGUGAGAAGUAGUGAAAAAAUAGUGAAAAUUAAUUGCAGAUGGCUUUGGUGAGUGUCCCAUCCGUUUUGAGCACUGGAAUGGGAUGCGAUCGGGAGAUGCAUUCUAAUGCCACUGAGUGGUAGUGUAUGGUGUCGAAUGGAUUUUAAUUGGAUUAAACUGAGAGUAAUUGAAUUUGUUUUAAUUAGAAACACUGUUAUUGUUAUUCUGUGGCGGUUCACGAUGCAAUUUACGCAAAUAGGGCUGCCAGGCAAAAGUAUAGAGUAAACUUCCGCCCUACGAGAGGAUAAACUGUAUGUGACACAUUGAAAGUAGUGCUCGAUUUCAGAGCGCCAGCAUCGCCUGCACAAAUAAAGUAAAUCUCUGCGACAAACAAAGCGUGAUGCUAAUGCAUAAUUUACAUUUGAAGUGAGUGGCGAACAAAGCGGAAGCAAAAGGCAAAUAAAACAGUGGACUAUCCAUUUCGGAUCCGUAGCCAAUUUCAGUGUGCCGUUAAAGCAAGCCGGGAGGGGGAGGCGCGUGUACUUGUUACAAAUCUCGGCCACCACUCCGAGUCGGUACCCCGAACUUUUGGGAUCGAGAGCAUAAAUCCUGCCGCUUGAUGCAUUCUCGCAAUAGUGUCCACAAGCCGUGAGUGCUUUCCGGUGGACAUCCCGAGCACUUUUCCUAAAACGCGCCCAUUAUCACCCACCGAGAGAACAGAGGCAAAAACAACAGCUGGGUUGGAAACUGUGGCUAACGGUCAGUGUAAUUACAGUUAGGUUUAACUGUUGGUGCGCACAAAGUUUGAGCUUCCCAUUCCCACCCUAUACUUGUGGGAAUUACGGAAAUGAGAAAAACAAUGGAGUAGCGCAGUGGUUUACGACUAUUUCGGUGGAGCCUGGUCGUUUAGCAGAGAGACAAAGUAGCCAGAAAAAAAAAGGUCAAACGGAUCCGACAAUAGGGACAAUCCUGAAAAUUCACCAACGCGAAUAAACAGAUAGUGUGCAGAGUGGCGGACUACGAGGAAACCACCUCUUUCCUGCCGGAUCUCGAUUCUCUCGCGUUCGAGAACAGGAACGAGAUAGAAUGUAUGAUUCAGGCCCACCUGGUUGCACAAGCCGAGACUCCAUUCGAUGGCUGCCCGGUGGACUUCGAUCGGAUACUGUGCUGGCCCCGGACGGAAAGCGAUACCUGGGCGGUGCUUCCCUGCUUCGAGGAGUUCAAAGGCGUCCAUUACGAUUCCACACAAAACGCCACCCGCUAUUGCCACCCGAACGGGAAAUGGGACAAUUACAGCCAUUAUGCGGCCUGUCAUCACAUGACGGAACCCCCUCCAAAUAUAGUCGAGAUCACGUCGAUCAUCUACUACACCGGAUACAUUAUUAGCUUAAUCGCGCUAAGCCUCGCUGUGAUAGUUUUUGUCUACUUCAAAGAUCUUCGUUGCUUGCGUAACACCAUUCAUGCGAACCUGUUCAUCACCUACAUCCUGUCCGCACUGCUUUGGAUGGUCAUCCUGACGUUGCAGCUCUCCACCAGCUCCAGCAGUGGCAUGACAAGUUGUGUCAUCUUCGUCACCCUGCUGCACUACUUUACACUCACCAACUUCUUCUGGAUGCUUGUGGAAGGACUCUACCUGUACAUGUUGGUCGUGGAAACCUUCUCUGGAGACAACUUGCGGUUCAACAUGUACGCUGCCAUCGGUUGGGGAGGCCCCGGUGUCUUCGUCGUGCUGUGGGUCAUCGCCAAGGGGAUCGCCAUAUCCGGCCAGGACCGGUCAGCGGCGCUUGAAAUCGAAUGCUCCUGGAUGCGGGAAUCGCUGGUGGACUGGAUCUUCCAGGGACCGGUCUGCGCUGUGCUCAUCAUCAAUCUGGUGUUCCUUAUUCGAAUCAUGUGGGUACUGAUCACAAAGUUGCGCUCGGCAAACACGGUCGAAACCCGUCAAUAUCGCAAGGCAUCGAAGGCACUGCUGGUGCUGAUUCCCCUGCUGGGCAUAACCUACCUGGUGGUGUUGGCCGCACCCGCCGAGGGCGUCGUCAGUGACAUUUUCGCGGUUGCCCGGGCAUUGCUGCUUAGCACGCAGGGCUUCUCGGUAUCAUUAUUCUACUGCUUCCUGAACUCGGAGGUCCGGCUGGCGCUGAGACACCGACUGGAGCGUUGGCGAGACGAACGGAACAUCCGGCUGGGGCAAGUUCGCCAGCGAAGCCGCCGACCACAAGCAUACAACAAACGGGAGAGCUGUGCAUCCUCGGCGACUACGACCACCCUCCUGGGGCCACCGAUGGGGGCCCACAGCAACUACCCAAACGCGAUGAGAGGCUCCAAUGGUGCCCUGCAUAUGCACACGUUGGCACCGAGGGCAAUCAGUCCCCUAAUCAUGCAGGGACUCAGCGAAAACUCUGUGUAAAAAUUCCAACAUCCAUCCGGUUGGAACCAAGGAACUGAAAUUGGAACUACUUAUUCGAACACGUUGGUGUUUCACACUACUGAAUGUUGAUUAGAAUGUGCGCCGUUUAUUGUUUCUAACGAAAAGCGUUGUUCGGUUCGCUUUUUCUGCGAAAAACCAUGACAAAAAGAAAAAAAAACAAAAGAUAUUUUGAAGACGAAAAAAACAGGAGGUCUGAAUAUGUGUAUUUAUCACAGAUUGUCGGUUUCGUUGUGUCGUCGGCCAUACGGUGAUAUCAUGAUAACGUUAAAUUACUUCUACACCCCCAUAACCUAUGGAAAAAGAAACCAAACUAAAUAGAAAAAAAGAAACAGAUCCAUACUAAUAGUGCUACAGAGUAGAAAUGUUGGUCUAUAUAAAUGUAAGUCAGAAGGUUUUGUAUACUCACUGUCAGACUCUUUACA